GAAAAAAAAGAGAAACAUCAAUGGAUUCUAGACUUCAAAGGAUACAUUCAGAAAUCAAAAACUCACUCCAAAUUGAUCAUCUUAACAUAAAUAGAUGUAUUGAAGCUUUGGAUGAGCUUGCUUCUCUUUAAGUAACCAUGCAACAGGCUCAGAAGCAUGCUGAAAUGAUUUCAGCACUUAAGAAAAUAUGGAAGUUCAAAGUCAGCCAAGUUGUUAUGGAAAAAGCAACCAUGCUCCACAACAAAUUUAAGACUAUGUUUCUUGUGGGAGAAGGAGAUUCUGUUCUUUCUCAAGUGUUGAAUAAGUCAUUAGCUGAGCAGAAGCAGCAUGAGGAAGCAAACAAAACCAAAGAGCAGUGGACGAAGGCACCAAACAAGAAAACUGAGAAGGAGAGAGAGCAACCAGGCACAAAAGUAGUGAAUGGUGGUUCUGAUUCUCAAGAUGCAAACCAGCAGAAUGGAGACAGCACAGAGGAAAAGAGAGAGAAGCUUGAUGCUGGCAGUAAGAAAAAGAUGCCAAGUGAUGGUAGAGAACAAGAGAAGACGAAGGUUGCAACCUCUGAAAAUGAAUGAAUGCAGCCUACACUUUUGUAAAGUAUAGUAGAGUCUCA